CAGACUGAGACUCACACACACAGAACCAGAGAAAAGAGAAAAGAGAGAUCAGAGAGGAAACAGAAGCACAGCGAGGAGUUCAGAGCAGCUGUUUGUUUGACUCGCUGAUCUUCAGGGUUCUUGGACUUUGGAGGAGUUUUGUUUGUCUUCACUCUGGAUGAACUCUUGCUUUGUUGCUGUUGAGAUUUAUCAGAAAGGAAAGAAAGACAAAUCAAGGAAAGUUUGCAUUUGCACACUUUGCAUUUGAUUGAAACCAGAUUUCCUUUUUGGACGUCUGUUGAUCCGAUGGCUGCCGUGCGUCAGAUGGUCAUGGAGGCGUCCGGCUUCCACGUCCUGCCGGCCCACCUGAUGGCGUCGGCCAUGGAGGAGUUCCCCCAGCAGCUGCCCGUCCCCAAGGGCCCGGCCAGGGGCAAGAGCCGCUCCCGCCGGCCCCGCGAGGCUCGCUUCAAGACGCAACCCGUCACCUUCGCCGAGAUCGCCGAGGUGGAGGAAGAGGGCUCCUCGCCGCUGGAGGAGGAGAGGGCUCGCCGCUCCUUCCUGCAGUCCCUGGAGAACCUGCGGCGGAGCACGCAGACCCUCCACUGCCUCCCCGCCGGCCACCACGGCGGCUCACAGACGCCCACGCAGGCCAGCCUGGACUCCAGCGACUCUGACUCCACCCAGUGAGAGUCGCCACUUCCGCCAACUGAACUGAACCAAACGGGCCUGUCUCCAGCCUGAGCUGUGUGAGCUGCUGCUGUCAUUUAAUCUACUAACAUAUCGAGGAUGCACAUGUGCCACGGGCUGGUUCUCCUGCUGUAUAGAUGUGAGGCGACGCUGUGUGAACACACUCUUCACUUGUAUUCCUUUUCUACUCUAGAUGUCUUUGAGGAAAACUUGAACGAUGAGCGAAAAGUUGGUUGAUAUUUUUCCAUUUUAAAGCUGUAUAGAUAUUUUUGUUUCAAUCCAGAUUUUUCUACUCGACCAGUCACCGUAUAGAAGUUAGAGCGUCGUGACUAUAACACUGUAAAUACUUUGACUGAAGCAUUGUAGCGACAAGAGGCGUCAGGAGGUCACGCUCUUGAAGGAAAUCUCUGCUCUCGCUUCGAUUCCUGAGCACAAAGAAAAAUGCCUUUCUAAAUGUUUCUCUUUAUUUAUUCUCUGAUUUUGUUCAUAACCAAGUGGAGUGUAGACGUGAUGUUUUUUUUCUGACUUCUAAAGUCACCUUGACUUUCAAAGAAAAUUAUAACCUUUAUACUUUAUAUUUGUUUUACUUUAUACAUAUGUUCAAAUGUUUGUUAUAUGUACUUUAAUAAAUAUUUUCAAGUA